AUGGCUCUCGCGGCCCCGACCAUGACCCCGACAAGCUCCGAACGGCCCAACGCCACCUUGGGGACCCCUUGGGACAAAUUUACCCCAAUGAAUGUAGAUGGUUUGGCCGUAGGACCUCAAGGGGAUGGCUCAAGUGGAAACCACCCCCCCAACGAGAUCAUUAGGCCGAUGAAUCACACUCAAGGGCGAGAAAGCGGGGCGGCCGAGAAGGUACCCAUCAAGCUGAUUUCCAUGGCCGACAUGGUUCGAGGGUCCCCGAACAGCGAAGGUCUGCAAGCCUUCCUCCCAGAGAACAUCCAAAACAUUAGGGUUGCCACCACAUCUAACGGCAUCCCGGCCAUCUACUUCUCCGGGGCGGAGAUUCAAAAGUUGGCUACAAACCUAGGUCACGCCAUCGUCGGUAAGUUCUCCCACUCAAUUCCGUCAUCACAUCAAAUUCAAAAGGCCUUGGAUAACAUUAAAUUCAGUCGGGGUUUCACUUGGAAAUUUAUUAAUGCAAAACAUGUUUUUGUGCAAUUUGAGGAUAUGGAGGACUAUGCACGGCUCCUUAGUGGCCCUAAAGGUACUCCGGUGUGGUUCAUCGACCGACAUCCGAUGAGAGUCUUUAAAUGGACACCCGAUUUUGAUGCGUAUUGUGAAUCCCCAAUCGCGGCGAUUUGGUGCAAUUUAAUUGGCCUCCCAAUUCAUCUCUUUGAUCAAUCGGCCCUUUUUGCCAUCGGAAAGCUCCUAGGGACACCUAUUCAAGUGGAUCGUGCCACGGCCAACAAGUCACGACUUUCGUUCGCCCGCAUUUGUGUUGAGAUCGACAUCACCAAACCACCCCCCGAAGAGAUCAUCUUAGAUAUUUGUGGCCGAGAAAUGGUUCAACAAGUGAAAUGGGACAAGAUCCCAUCCUAUUGCCGGGAAUGCAAACACGUGGGCCACAAAAGCGACCUGUGCUAUGCGGCGGGUAGAGGGGAACGGCCCCUCAAACGUAACUUCAACGUAGCCCCUCCGAAACAGCCACAACAAGGGGACCAUCAAGCCGGGAAAGUAAGUGAGGGUGCAAGGCAUGAUGGGAACUCGGAAUGGAUACAACACGGGAAGAACAAGACAAAGGUACACCAACAACGGCUUAACCCGAAGGCAAAUGCGCACAAUGGCCUGAAUUGGUCGGGGCCGGACAUCAUGGGGGAAAUGCAAAAUGAAGGGGGCAUGGAGCUAGUCAUCCACCCCAUUGAGGAGGAUCAUAGCGCUCAUCAUUGCGCUAAACACACUAGAGAUCCGAUUGCUAUUCCCUCCUCUUCCGGAGGCGGCCGAGGAGGCUCACCGAAGGGAGCGAAUAAGGGAAGGUACCUUGCGCCCUCGGCAUCGGGUACUCGAGAGAAAUCGAAAGGCUCUUUCCUCCCUUUUAAUCUCGAUCGGGCUGAGUCACAAACGGUGGAAAACCACAUGAGUACCAAUCGGUACUACUCCCUCAUGGCUCGGGAAAACUUCGUGGAAAAUGAGCUUGAGGACAUGGGUGUGUGGGAAGCAUACAAUCCCCCCAACGGGGAUGAGUUCGAGGAUUGCGAUACCAUUGAGGUGGAGCGGACGCCGAGCAAAAAUGCCAUUGAGGUGGAGUGGACGCCGAGCAAAAAUGCCGAGGAUACCACCAUGUCAAUCACGGAGGGUGAUACAUGCUACCCUCCGCAAGACCAUCAACUUACCAAAUUCCAAGGAGGGCUUUCACACCCGCCGGGUACGAACCUCCACUGUUAA